AUAAUGGCGUCUGUUGCCAGAGCAUUGCGGCCUCUGUCCGCUAAGGCCUCUUCGUCCUUUGUCUCCAUCAGCCGCAGAGCGGUGGCAUCCAGGGCAUUCCAAUGCUCACGCGCUUUUUCAUCUACUCCUCAACGCCGCGAUGUCGAUCUUACAAGCUUGACGCCUACGCCAAUUACCCUCCUUUCAGAGACGGAGGCCAUGAUGGCCGAGUCGGUUUCCAAAUUUGCCCAGGAGCAAAUUGGUCCCAAAGUGAGAGAUAUGGACGAGGCAGAGACUAUGGAUCCAGCAGUUGUCGAACAGCUUUUUGAACAAGGUUUGAUGGGUAUCGAGAUCCCCGAGGAGUAUGGAGGUGCUGGAAUGAAUUUCACAUCUGCCAUCGUGGGAAUCGAGGAGCUCGCCCGGGUUGAUCCGAGUGUCUCCGUCAUGGUUGACGUGCACAACACCCUCGUUAAUACCGCCAUCUUGAAGUAUGCGAGCGCAGAAAUCAAGAAGAAGUGGCUGCCGCGCCUUGCGACGAACACGGUCGGUUCGUUCUGUUUGUCUGAACCUGUGUCGGGAUCCGAUGCUUUUGCCCUCCAGACCAAAGCAGUCAAGACCGAGUCUGGGUACAAGAUCAACGGCUCUAAGAUGUGGAUUACCAAUUCCAUGGAAGCUGGAUGCUUUAUCGUCUUCGCCAACCUUGACCCUAGCAAGGGCUACAAGGGAAUUACUGCUUUCCUUGUGGAGAAGGACACUAAGGGCUUUAGCAUCGCAAAGAAAGAAAAGAAGCUUGGUAUUCGUGCCAGCAGCACUUGCGUCCUUAAUUUUGAUGAUGUCGAGAUUCCAAAGGAAAACCUCCUUGGAGAGGAAGGCCAGGGCUAUAAAUAUGCCAUCAGCCUUCUAAAUGAAGGUCGUAUUGGUAUCGCUGCUCAAAUGACGGGCUUGGCUCUUGGUGCCUGGGAAAAUGCUGCCGGAUAUAUCUGGAAUGACCGCAAGCAGUUUGGCCAACUCAUCGGUACAUUCCAGGGCAUGCAACAUCAGGUCGCACAGGCAUAUACCGAUAUUGCUGCCGCUCGCGCUUUAGUCUACAAUGCUGCCCGCAAGAAGGAAGCCGGUCAAGACUUCGUCAUGGAUGCUGCCAUGGCCAAGCUCUACGCUUCCCAAGUUGCUGGUCGUGUUUCUAGUUCCGCAGUCGAGUGGAUGGGCGGCAUGGGCUUCGUCAGAGAAGGUAUCGCGGAGAAAAUGUUCAGAGACAGCAAAAUCGGUGCCAUCUACGAGGGUACCAGCAACAUCCAGCUACAGACCAUUGCAAAGACCUUGCAGAAGCAAUAUACCAAAUAAACGAAGAACCAAAUUUCAUGAAAAGGAUUCGGAGUAUCAUGACAUUUGAGGGAUGGCGUUUCUUGCGUUAUUCUUUGGAUAUACCUGUAUAUAUAUGAGCGC